AUGAGAAUUGAGAGAAAUAGUUCAGACGACCAGGGCUGCAAAGCUGCUGCUGGAAACAUGUUCUCCAAGCUUGGCUGUGUAGUAACCAAUUGGAUACGAUAUCACAUUUACUUUUCCAGGGGUGCCUUGUUCAUAUCAGGUUUGGUUUUCAGCCAUGGGUUGGCAGAACAUGCUGUGAUGUGCAUCUUGACAUCAUACUUCAUGGAGAAUUGGAAGAAGACUGAUUUAAGACAAGCUGCAGCAGUUGUAAAUGUUGAAGAAGGCGCAUCAACCAUUAUGGCUAUCAUCGUAUCUUAUAUUUCUGAUGCCUAUUUUUGUCGUUUCAAAGUGAUUGUUUACACCACAGCUCUGUGUAUCAUAGGAUUGCUGCUGCUGGGGGUCUCCACCUGGAUUUCUCCAGAAGUAGAUGUUCGAUUAUUGUACCCGGUGGUGAUACUUUUAGCAGUGGGCAAAGCAGGAAGAGAUCAUCCUUUAAAAGCAUUUAUUGUUGAUCAGUUAACUGACAGCAAACCAAACCAAGCAAUAGAUAAGGAACAAGUUGAGGCCCGCAAAAAUUUUUGGUGGCGUGUUGCUUGGUCUCUAGGUCUUGUAGCUUCGUUUUGUUUAUCCACGAGUUCUUUGAGAUGUAGCUUCUUUACUUCAGCAUUGGUGAUGGCUGUAGCUUAUCUGUGGUUCUUGUCUGGCAUCAAUUUUUACUGCUACAAGAAACUAGAGGGAAGUCCCCUUACUGUCGUUUAUAAAGUUUUUAAAGCAGCUGUUUUGAAAAGGCACCUGGCUUACCCCACUUCAGCUAAUGGUUACUUCAAGAACGAUCGUGAUCAACUACUCUUGUGGCCCAUUGUUCCAUUUUUCAGGUGGCUAGACAAAGCUUCUAUUGUAGAAUCAUCAUCGUGUCAGCUAAAAUUAGAGGAACAGGAAAUUACAGGGAGGCUUUGCUCAGCGGUACAAGUGAAGCAAGUGAAAUGCCUUUUAACACUAGUUCCUAUUUGGACAACCUUUGCUGUUUAUGGUCUGGUAGAGGCGACAGGAAGAACUUUCUUCGUCGCACAAGCCAACGAUAUGGAUGACAACAUCGGCAGCCUCUCCGUUGUUUGCCUUUUCCUUACACUCAAAUCCUUUGUAAGCUUUCUUGUUUCAUUCCUUCUCCAGUUACUUAUCCCAAAGUGGCUGAGCGGAGCAAAGAGGCAGUGCAUUAUACUUGUAAGAAUCGGUCUUGGGAUGGUUUUUUCUAUUUUCAGCUGCAUAGCUGCCUGGCAAGUUGAGGUUCACAGAAUGAAUUUAAUCAAGGAAGAAAAAUUCAGUGACCAAUACACCAGAUUAACCAUUACAAUAACCAUCUUCUGGUUAGCUCCACAGUUCACACUGCUGGGAUUAAUGGGUGGAUUUGCUGAAGAUGGGAUCAGGGAUUUGAUUUACAAUUACCAUGUAGCUGAUCAAUCCAAGAAACUUCACGAUUCAUCAUUCAGGGAUUGUACAUUGGCUAUUGGAAAUUUCCUCAACAUACUGUUUGCUUUUAUCUUCAGAGCAUGGUUUCGUGACAACAUAAACAAUAGCCGCCUUGAUAAGUAUUUUCUAAUGUUAGCCAUGCUGACCAUCGGAAACCUAUGCCUCUAUUUUCUUGCGGCUCUUGUCUGGUACAGAAAAUUUUGGCCUGAGGAAGAAACUCAACAAGAAAAAGUGAAAUUAAACCUAGAUGUUACCUUGGAAGAUGCUCUUACAGAUUCAGUGACUGAUAAUUCCCUCUCUAAUAAUUUCUUCUACUGUACUAUCAUAAAUAGACUAAUAUGA